AUGGAAGCACCUGAAGAAAAGUUACAAAAAUAUCGGAUGAAGAAGAAACGACGGGAAAAGUUUCAACGAUUUGUGGAAACAAUUACGGGCUUUGCAAUGACAGACAAACGAAGUGGAGAAACCAAUGAUAAACCAGAGCUUGUACGUCAGCAAACAAGUGUCCAUUCUAUUGAUGAAGAUUCAUCCGAAGAAUCUAUCAGCAACGUCGAUACAACUCAUGAAUCCCGAAAUGAUAUCGUUUUGCGUUACUUACUUCGAGUAGCCUAUAUAGCCCUUUGGUUAAUUUUAUAUAUAAUUGCAAUCGAACUAGAAUUUGGGAUUGUGUAUUUAAUAUUAUCUGGAUUCGUUGUCAUGUACAUUAAUACGCGGACAGGACCAAAAAAUCCUGAUGAAGUCAGCGCUUAUAGUGUUUUUAAUAAGGAUUUCGUGAGCAUUGAUGGAUCCCUCAAAGCUGAACAGUUUGAACGAGAAAUGGGAAUACGGUGA